AAAUUAUGUGGUUUGUCCAUAGUUUCUCAUUCCGGUCGCGGUCAUUGCAGAAAAGCCUCAGUCGUUUGACAAAAUUCGCCUGAGAAUAUUAUUGUUUGCAAAUUCUCUGUCGCCGACCCUGGAGACAUCUUGUGAUAAAAAAGGCAUCAUUGCAGCUGGUUACUCCGCUGUACGAGUUCGUCUUCACGUGAAACGUUAGGGAAAAUAAAUUACUGGUGCUAUUUAGAGGUCUGCAAUCAUGGAUGUAUCGUGGGACUCGGAUAAUUUUGAGCCUAAACUUCCGACCACGUUGACUUCGUCGAAUAAAUGGGCGGGCGAAGACGAGGAGGAGAUCGUCAAGGAAAGUUGGGAGGACGAGGAAGAAGAAAAGAAAGAUGAGGAAAAAAAAGAAGUAGUCCCUCCCCCCCCAAAGCCUAAAAAGAAAAUAGAUAAAAUAGCAGAAAAAGAGCGCCAAGAACGUGAGAAAGCAGAACGGCUAGCCAUGGAGAAGUUGGUCGAGAAUCUGACACCUGAAGAGAGGUUGGCUGAGAAGCUCCGUCAACAGAAAUUACAGGAGGAAUCUGAUCUCCGACUUGCAAUGGAGACAUUUGGUAUAUCAGGAGACAGCGGUGGUAGGCUGGAUAGCUUCCACCCGACUAACAAGGAGGAGUUCACCGAGUUCUCGGACAUGCUCUGCAAAAAAAUCAACUUGUACAAGACAAAGGAAGAAUUUCCCGUGUUCGUUGAGGAACUUUUUAGGGGUAUAAUUGUUCAAAUGCAAUCCGCCGACAUUCGGAGGAUAAAAACGUCUGUGGACAACAUUUAUAUCGAGAAGCAGAAGGCCGAGAAGACCACCAAAAAGCCCGCCAAAGGCAAGGGCAAGGCCAAAUUAAAACUUGAUAAUGAGAAUUCUCAUUUGGAUCCCGAGACAUAUGGCACUUUCGAGGACGAUUACGACGAUUUCAUGUAAAAGCAAGCAACACACGGUCACGCUUACAACUCUAAAAUGAUCCCUACUCCAUUAUGCACGCCUAGUAAAAAAAAAAACUAGUGUACCCCUAAAUACAUACUGCUAUGUAUAAUAAUAAAUAUUAUUUUGAAUUGUGAACCAUUUUAUUGGUAAGUUCGAUUUUUUUACUACGAAUGAAUUAUAAUAUUUAAAACUGAUAGAAUAUACAUGCAAAGGAAUUCAGGUACUUUCAAAAUGGCGUCUAUAACAAUCAGAAACAGAGUAAUACUUUGAAAAUGUUGUUAACUGCCUUAUUGUUGGUAUUUAAUUAAUAUUUGUUUUUAUUCAUCACUAACUUACGCAUACAUACAAUAUUUCAAAUAAUCUCAGUAAUGAGUACUAAAAAAACCGACCUCAAAAGUCAUUCAUCCCCUAGUUUGCC